UUAUUUUAUUUUGGUGUGUUUUCUGAGUUGAAGACUUCACUCGAGACACAACGGGAAGUCUCUCAAUCCCAUUGUCGGCUCGCACUCGCACUCUAGGGUUUCUGCUUUUCUUCGCCAUGGCUGUUUUUCUCUCUCUCUGAACAUUUUCUUUCACAAAAAAAAAAGCCUUGCAUUUUACCGAUAGGAGUGGACCUUACAUGGAAGGAAAAAAGAAGGCAUUUUCUCCAAGGCAAAGGCUAAAUACUAAUCCGUAAUACGUAGAAUCAUAAUAUUGACUAAAAUCACUGUGGUUGGUCAAGUCAAACAGAUUGUCCUGCAUAUGGUCUACUAACAAUAGUGCUCCUUCAGGCCUGAGAAAUGAGUGGAAGUGGAAGGAAACGCUCUUCUAAAUGGGACCAGGCUCAAUUUGAUGAUGAGAAUGCUCAAGAUGAUAGCUGGCAUGGAAAAUCAGGUAGGUCAUUUUAUCCCAGAGAAUCAGGGCAUGGAUGGCAGUCUCCGGAGCUUGUUGGCAAUAAUGGUUCAAAGUGGUCUGCUUUAGAAACAAAUGAUCUAAGAUCUAAGCGUGAUUCAGUACUUCCAUCUAGAGAAUCCCGAGGUUCACAUAAGAAUGAGAAUAUUGAUAAGGAUGACAAGAGAUACGUAGAAGAGUCCAUGGCAUAUAAGGAUGACAAGAGAUAUGUAGAAGAGUCCAUGGCAUGGGAUGCCAAUGAAGAUUAUGGUACAAGAAUGUCUCCGGGUCUUGAUGAAUGGAGACAUCAACAUCCUAGUCAAUCUCCUAAAAGUGGCUGGAGCAGGUCACUGAGGGAUAGGAGCAGAAGCCGGAGUAGGAGCAAGAGUAGGGGUAGGAGCAGGAGUCCUGUUCGUAGUCUCAGGAGAGAAUCAGGGUUUCCUGAUAGAAGUAGAAGCAGAUCUGGAGUAUCCAGUCAAUUGUGUAAAGACUUUAUUGCUGGGAGAUGCAGGAGAGGAAACCAUUGUAUGUUUCUUCACGAGGGUAAUGAAGAUUAUGAUGAUUACUGGGAUAGUAGACAUAGGAAAGGUACAAGCUCAAAAUAUUCCAAUCUUGAUACUAGAGACUACCCAUUAAGGAGUGGACGUCCUUCUGUGCCUUGUAAUGAUUUUGUGAAAGGAAGGUGCCGGAGGGGGGCAUCUUGCAGGUUUGAGCAUCAUGGUGUGUCAGAUGGAUUCAGCAAAGGGUAUUCUAACGAGGUGAGUAGAGACAAGGAAAAUGACAGAAUGAAAAGAGAUAAUUCUGCUGAGCGAGGUGUUGAGCACGAAUUCCGUAGGACUAGUGAUAUUCCUUGCAAGUUUUUCGCUGCAGGAAACUGUCGUAACGGGAGGCAUUGUCGGUUUUCUCAUCAUAGUCAGCCCUAUGAAAGUCCUGAUAGGAAAUCACAAGAUAGGUGGGCCUCAGGUCGCAAACCAGAUGAUGUUAACCGGGUGUUUGAUGGUCAUGGUUCAAAAUGGAAUGAUACAGUUAUUGUGCCAGAUGCGGCAAAGUUGAAUGAGGACAUAAAUAGAAAUAUCUGUACACGAGAUUCAAGUUCUACUGGUUGGUCUAUGAAUGAUAGAUUGAGAAGUAGUGUGAAUAAUGAGAGUACUACUAAUGCUGAUCCAACUAGUAGUUGUGCAGCAGCUAAAAACAAUGAGAAGGAAGCCCUUCAGUGGAAGCCAGAUAAUGCAGGAGUUAGCACGGGUCUUCAUGAAUCAAGACAUGCUGAGAAAUGGCUUGGUGGUAUGGAUAUGUCUCCUGAUUGGAACUACACAGUCUCAUCUGCGAAUCGUACUGUGAAAGAAGAGCAGAGUCGCAUUCCUCCGUAUUCUGAAUCUUUCAAUGACAUGUCUUUAACUACUAGCAAACAGAAUGUUAAUCGAGAGGCAACAGGUCAAAUCAAUGUUGCUGCCUCGGUCGUACCACCGAUGAUAGUUGAUAAAUCUUUCUUUCCGCCAAAGCAUGAUUUGAGGGAUGACACUGCUACGGCAUUGCAAUAUGAUGACAAUAGUGCAGUUAUAAAAGCUGUCAGUUCACGUGCUGACCUAAACAUCUCUGCUAAUAUUACACCAACUCAAAGUUUUGACCAGAAUGUCCAGUGUGCGAGUGUUUUUCCUUUUUCAAGCUUGAACACAACUGGGCAAAGUCAAGUAGUGAUCCCAACUGUACCUCAAGGAGGAAUUCUAAAAAAUCCACAAAAUAGCGCACCAUCCAUAGAGGCAAAUUCCACUACAAAACCAGAGUUUCUGGAUGCAAAAACAUCAUUAGUUAAUUCUAGAAUUGCUCCAACUCAGAAUAUAGGAAGUGGUGAACAACUCACCAACCUUACCAAUCUUUCAGCUUCGCUUGUGCAGUUAUUGGGAAAUGGACAGCAACUUCCACAACUUUAUGCAGCUCUUAAUUCCAACAACUCAACGGGUGCCCCGUCCUUUGCCAACACCGAAGCGCUUGUUUUUCCAGUUUCUACAUCUAGUGUUCAACCAGAUCCAGCCAUUGUGCCACAUAAGCAUUAUGAUCCUAGACAAGCAAGCACAGAAUCUAAAAGGCCUGAAAUCAGUAACAGUCCUUCGGGUGUCUUACCAAAUACCACUAUGAAGACAAGUGUUUCAUAUGGAAGAUCUGAAAUGCAAUUACAAAACCUAAAUCCACAGCCCUUGUCUGGGGCAUUAGGUUUGGAUUCCAAACAGCCUGGUGAUUUAGUAGAAGAACCCAAGCAGGAGAUGCAGGGUUUGACUACACUGGAGCCAAAUGUGAGUUCCGAUUUUAGCAAGGGAAAGAAUGAACUGGGUUCUGGGGAUAACAAGAAAGCACUGGAAGAAAAUAGGAAAGUCGAAGACGGUGAUCCUGUGGAUGGGGUAGAUAAAGAAGGGGCUAAUGACGGCAAGAAAAGCAAGGACUCAAAGGGAAGCCGUGCAUUUAAAUUUGCACUCGUGGAGUUUGUUAAAGAGCUUCUAAAACCAACAUGGAAAGAGGGUCAAAUUGAUAAAGAUGCUUACAAAAACAUAGUGAAGAAGGUGGUCGACAAAGUGACGAGUACUAUGCAGGGGGCUAAUAUUCCCCAAACGCAAGAGAAGAUCGAUCAUUAUCUGUCAUUUUCAAAGCCAAAGCUUACAAAACUUGUACAGGCAUACGUGGAAAAAAAUCAGAAGGGCUAAACGAGACAUCAAAUUCAAAUUUCUAUUUAUAUGUUCCCUGUACCAUAAAGCAAAGCUGUCAUGACAGUGCAUUUGUAUUUUAUGCUUCUGCACUCCUACAAAAUUCCCAGUUUUAUAUGUUUCUUAAUGUUUGUUAACAUGGUCAGGUAAAACUUAGAACUAAAAAUGGUAGAUAUUAUAGCUUUGUGUUUGGAUUUUUAGUAUUUGGAUAAACUUUCAGCAUUUGAGUAUGGGCAUUUUAUAGUGCUUCUUAGUAAUCAGUUUUGCAGGGAUUGGAUAAUCUUUACCUAAAAAUGUCGAGGAGCUCCGUGAGCUCCAACGUCGGAGGUAGGUUCUUCCGCAAUGUGUGGGGCCAACCCGUGUCGAAAUGGCCGUAACCCCGGUAAUAUUCUAUGGAGGGAGAUUGGACUUCUUAUUUUUAUGUUUCAUUUGUUACAUGUUAAACUCUAGCUUGACCUCACUCGGGCAGAAUUUCUUGCUUUUAUCCUUUUGAAAGUGUGUCUGCCUCUUGAGUACGUUAACCUAGAAGACUUUCAAAAUGGUCAAAGAAAGAAAAUGUAUUAUUAUCACAUUAUGCAUGCAAAUGUGCUGUUCUUCCGUGUAAGAAAUAGCCGACAGCAUGGACAAAGGGCUGCUUGACGAAACCAAACGACCUUAUAUAUUGAACUUUCCCA